UCACCAUGGAGUGGCUUUGCUUUCAGCACUACCUUAUUUCACACUUUUAAUGCCAUCAGCACAGAUGAAAUAAUUUUAAUGUUGUAGGAGACUUUGCUGCUGCAGGGGGGUCAAACAAACAGGAGGGUAGGUUUGGAUUCCAGCUUCCCUGCUGCACUGCACACUCUCAUUUUUUUCUGUUGGUGUAUGUGUUUUUCCUUACAGAAUUGUUUGGGUUGGAAGGGACCUCUUCAUCAUCUAGUCCAAUCCUGCUUUAGCAAGGUCACCUGGAACAGGCAGACCAGGACUGUGUCUGUUUGGGUUUUCAAUAUCACCGCUGUAGACAACUCAGCUUCUUUGGGAAACCUGUUCCUGAAUUUGGCCACACUCACAGUAAAAAGGUGUUUUGUGUCUUCAGAUGGACUGAAGUCACGUUUCAGUUUGUGCGCCUUGUUGUCACUGGGCACCACUGAAAAGCGUCUGGGUCCCUUCAUUCCCUCUCAUCAGAUACUUAGACACAUGGAUAAAAUUUCCCCCAAGCCUUCUCCAGGUUCAACAACCCUAGCUCUUGGCCUCUCCUCAUCUAAGAGAUCCUCCAAUUCUGUAGUCAUUUUAGUGGCCCUUUGCUGGACUCUGUCCAAUAUCUCCAUGUCUCUUGUACAGAGGAGCCCAGAACUGGACAUGGCAUUCUGGAUUUAGAAAGCAAGGAUUACCUUCCUUAACCUGCUGGCAACAUUCACCCUAAGACAACCUAGGAUGUUGUAGACUAGGCUGAGGUUUGCUGCAAAGCUCUCACAAAUGCCCCAGUCCAGGAUGUUGCCUGGUUGUAGGAGUUGGAAUGGUGUCACUGGUUGGGAUUUAUGUCAGGGAGCAACAGGAGAAGCUGAACAUAGCCUUGUAGUUAUCUGAUGAAGCUAUAAAAUAAAUUUUCACACCUGUAUUCUCCAAGCAUGAAGUGCUCCUGAUGCUGAGCUGGGCUCUGUGCCCCAGUGUCCAUGUUUCCGCCACAUGUCCUGAGAGCCUGGGUAAGUGCUCCCCAACCUGGGCCUGGAAGUGGGACUGCACUUAAUACGCACUUUAAGUGCACUUUUCUCACAGCACUUCAGCAGAACCCGCUGUCUGUCAAACAUCAGUUUAGUUGUUUGCUUUUUUUUUACCAGUCCCAGCUGAGGGUGGUGGAGACAUUAACACUGUCCUUUGAAUGCUGGCUAUUUUAAUUUAGUCCACUCUAUUCCUGUGCCUUUUCAAAAUUCUUCUUGUUAUUUACUAAGAACUUGGUCAGUGACUGAGACUCCAGGUUGUUAAACUAGCAGAAACCAUCUCCCCCACAGGGUGGUAGCGCUGAAACAGAAACAUUGCUCUCCUUGCUUCGUGGCUGCAGGGUCAAUGUGACAAGCUUCUCACUGGGCUAUGAAGGCCCAGCCAGGAGAGGAGAUUGGCCUGCAGCAUUGCAGCAACUGCUUCCAUACACACUGUCAGCUGCCCCACAAACUCUCAGAUAAAACAAGACAAGUGGGGAGAAUGGUCCUCCGGGGGAUGCUUGGAAUAAAAUCCUCUUUCUAAUCAUCUCAGGGAGAUAGGAAACAGGGAUUAUUAAAUAGCUUUUUAUAGAUCUUGAAAACUAGCCAGAUCCCAAGGCUUGGCUAUUUCAGCUUUAAUUCAGCCCACGUGGAAGCUGAGCUCUGUGCAUGUUUGUCCCUGGCAGAGAGGCUGCCUGUUUUGUGUCUUUCUGCUGCGACCCUUUGCCAUGUAGGAACAGUGAUGGGCAGCCACCAAAGUCCUCUGUGCCACUGUGGGCAGGCAGACAGCAGUCCCAACCUCGAAGCAGUGGUUUGUGUUUUACCUGCAUGUGGCAGAGCACAGGUAAUCCUGCUUCCAGUGCCCAGAGGUGCUGGUUGGUCACCUCUGCUCUCUCUAUGGGCUCGAGUCCCUUUCUCCUUGCUUAUCUCGGCAGACCUGCAGGGGCAGAGGCUCACAUGCUUUUACAACAAUGCUCAGCUGGUGUCCUGGGUGGAUAUUGCAUUCCUCUGCUGUCUCUCAUCAAACAGUGCUUCCGCCUGCUCUGUCAUUUGUCUUGUCAUCCAGGAGCCCCGCAUUGUGUACAGCUUCGACACCUCCAUCCCUCUCUGCAGGAACUACACUGGCAUGAGGAAAACAAAAAUCAAUGCUGAAUAGCUGGUGGCCAUUUUCUAUGCAGCCCUGAACAGCAGCAUGUGGCAGAACCUGCCUCACCGGAAGGCACUGAAACUACUCAAAGACCUGAGUUUUCCUGAAUGCUCCUCUGUGUGGGCAGAGCAGAAAACUUCCUUCAGGUUUGUGUGCAAGAGUUUUGCCAGCAAGGGGUUUGCCUCUUCGAUGACUCAAGAGGAGAAAUCUUUGAGUCUGAUUGUUUCUCAAAGGCCCAAGGAAGAGUCUUGUAGUCAGACAUUGAAGAAAACCAUUAUUUGUCACCUUAUUAACAAGCUGCUUUGGACUGCAGUUGUCCGCAAAUGUUUUUAUUUGUUUUCUCUUCCCAGAACCUUUUCCUGGUUUGACUUGACAGCUGUACCAAUGAGAAAGUCUCUCUUUAGCCAGCUGCUAGAAUAGAGAGAGCUUGUCCAGUGCCAUCCCAUGCCUGGUGCUCUACUAGACAAGGCAUCCUCUGGAGACUGGUCUACAAAGCAAUGCGGGUAAUCAGCACUAUUAGCUGUAGUGAAGCCCAGUGUGAUACUGGAUGACAAGUCUCCAUGCUUCACAGCUGCUUCCAACAUCUUCUCAGAAAUUCCAGAGGAAACUGCUGAGUAUGAUUCUAAAUUCUCAUAAACCAUAAUGAAGCCCAUGCAGAAUGCUUUGCUGAGAUCUCAUCCCAGCCUCCUCAUGGAACUAAGGGGUGUGAGA